GCAGCGCCGCAGUGUGACCUGAGCGUGACUGACUGUGGAGUGUGGCGAUGCGUACAUGCUAACAAGUGUUUUUAUCAGCUAAUUUGGAGAAACAGACUUAAUUUUUUAACUGAAUACACAUAAAUUAUCAAGAUGGCCACCGGUAAGUGAAAACAGCCUUCUUUAAAUUCCUAAAUCUCGUUCGUUGUUAUAUUUGCUGAUAGUGAAAAAUGGGUCAGUAGCAUUUUAGCCGACCACCGCGAGGCCUGACGCAGGGCUCUGUGUAUUUCCUGGAAUUAAUUUUCAAAUGAUUAUCAGUUCUAGCUCCUUGUGAUUGCAUAAACAUAUUUCAGUGCAAUCUGUGCAAACCAGUUUGAUUUUCACAACGUUCGCUAACAACAACUGACAUCGGUUUGUAGUUUAAUAGAAUUAUUUGUGAAUUGGCAGGCCUUUUGUUGUAGCGAGCAAAGCUAGCAUAGGUGUCGGCCAGCGGAGACGAAUGCGUCUUUGUCUGCACUGCCCUUGUUUUCAUGCUCAACCACAAACAUUGUCCCGUCGGAGUGUGUCAAGUUUUAAUGUAGGAUGGGUUUGUCUUUAAGCACGCUUAAAAAUACAGUGAAGCAUGUUCCGCUUUGAAUAGCUUGUUCCUAAUCCAAGAUUUAGCCCCGUCCUGCCUGAUUGACCGCCAUUUUCACAGAAUUGGCGUGGUGGCAGCGGCCUGUUUGCGAAAAGCUGCCCCACUUCAUUAACCCAGUUUUACCCUCAAGCUAGGAAAGCAGCAUUCACAUCUGAAUAAAAUCAGGAGCAUUCAAAAAUACUAAAAAUAUGUAUUUGUGUGAAACUCAUGAGACUUUCUUUCACUUUCAGAUUCAGGCUUCGGAGGCUCUCAAGGGUAAGAAACAAAAUUCAGACUUAUUUGUAAUGAUUGACAGUUUUGCUGGUGGUUUUUCGUCAUUUUAGUUAAACUGUCUCACUCUAAGUAUGUGAAAUUGCACCGGACGCUUCAGCCUAACACCUGAUCUUUGUUUUCUUUUACUCGUGUCUGUAGUUAUGGAUCAUAUGGCGGUCAGCAGAGUGGACAGGUGAGACUCCUAUUAGCUUCAAGAGCCUGUUUGCUUAGAGUUUACAUCCAUAUUCGGUUUUUCCUCUUUUUGAUUACAACCAGACUAACUGGGUCACUUCUGGUUUACAGAGUUAUGGACAAGGAAACGGAGGUAGCUCUUAUGGAAGUGGUUCUUAUGGAGGACAGGGUUAUAGUGGAUAUGGACAACAGGGCCCACCACAAGGUACAGUAAAAGUAUUUUUAAAAUGUAAUAUUUCCAUUUUUAUUAGAACUUGAUUAGCCUAUAUACCUGUGUUUUGAUAGAAGUCAUAAUCUUUUAUUGUGCUCUGUAUAAUUUUAGACAGUUAUGGUCAGUCUCAGCAGCAGAGCUAUGAUAGCUACAGCGGACAAGACUCUUCUGGGUAAGUUGUCAGCAUCACUUUUGCACGUUUGUGCUAUGCUUUGUUUGUGUAGUGGAACUAUGCCCAUUUAAUCUGUAACAAAAUAAUGAAAAUUCAUAGCUUGAAAUACUCAAACAGUUACAUGUGCUAGCUUUCAAUUCCAGCCUGUCUUCACAAAGAAGUGCAGGGUGUGCUUGGCGGCAGUGCAACAGCUCAAAUUUUUAUUUUGGCGUGCGUGUGAUAAGAGCUUUCAUACAACACACAGCCCUUGAAGUUAUAGGAGGCUACCCUGUUUUUACUGUGAGUGGUUCUGAGCCGGAACAGAGAGUUUAUUAACCUUUUUAUCAACCAAACAAAAACAUCUGGAUCUAUAUUAAACAUGGUAUCCCUUCGUUAUGCUUUGGACGGUGUACAUUUUUCACACGAGGCUUAAUUCUAAAUGUCUUUUAGGGACGGUUGUGAAAUGAGUGACUCCCUGGCAAAGCCCCUCAUUCAAGAAUCUGCUAAACUUGAUCAAAAAUGUCCUCAAUCAAACAAUAGCUGAACCGUGCUUCAAAAGUAUCGGGUUACAAGCCAUUUUUCUUCUUGUGUGAUCUCCCCGCAUUCUCAGCCGACUCUUUCUAUCCCUUCUGCAUAUACAUAUAUUUCUUUUCCCUUGAUGUCUCUGUGUCCAAUUUCUGUGAAAAAGGUUGGAUUCAAUGAGACAAGCUUACAAAAGCCUCUCCUCAAACCUAAAAGAAUCCUCAGGGGAAAAACGUGUUGAAAAUCAAACAUUUAAUGGCAGAUAUUUUUCCAGUGAAGUUAUUUUCCUCUUCUUCCUCUUUUUUUGUUCCCCUUCCUCUCUCUCUCUCUCUCUCUCUCUCUCUCUCUUCCCCACACAUUUGCUCUUAAAUCUUAAAAAAAAAAAGGGAAACAUCUUAAGGGUGACUGACAUGUAUUUUAUGUACAUGUAUCAAUAUUAUAAUCCGCAGAUCACCGACCCCUUCACGGUCUUCCUCCAAUUGAUCUUUGUAUUAUUCUGACGAAAGUUUAUGACCACGUUUUAAAGCUGAAAAAAGAGUCAUGGUCUGAUGUGAAACUAACCGUAAUCUCUCCUUUUAAAGGUAUGGUGACAAGUCCUCUUAUGGCCAACAAGCUUCCUAUGGCGGACAGGGACAUGGAGGUGGUGGAGGAGGAGGCGGCGGCGGAGACAGUUAUGGACAGGGCAGCGGCGGAGGUGGAUAUGGAAGAUGGAGUGAUGGUACAAAUGCCUCGAUUGUUUCUUGAGAAAGAGACAUUGGCAGCAACAACUUCUAUCACUCAUUAAGUAUUUUUCACUAGGUGAAAGUGGUGGUCAGGGUGGGAGAUAUGGACGUGACCAAGGAGACCGUUCUGAGGGAGGAGGGGGCUACAGAGGCCGUGGUCGUGGUGGCGGUGGCUAUGACCGUGGCGGUUUUGAUCGCAGUGGAGGAUAUGACCGCGGUGGAUACGACCGUGGUGGAAGAGGAGGACCUCCUGGUAUGGGGUAAGUUGCGUAGUGCCACUGCCCCCAAGGUACCUUGAUACAAUGUGAAUUAUAAUACAUGAUCAACACAUCGUCACUCAUCAACUAUAAACCAUCUACGUAGAUGAUUCUUGCCACUCAUUUUCUUUGUGCUUCAGAUACACACACUGUGGUACUGUUUAGUUAAACUGGACUCAUCAAAGAUGCUGUGGAUCACACAUGAAAUAUUUGCCAACCCUCUGCAUCGCACUCCAGGUGUCCCACCUGUGGCAGACUCGUUUUUUUCUAAAUAUUUUUGUUUUCACCAGAACCUGAAGUUUUUCUAAAAGUAGCUUUAUGCUGGUGUGUGAUUACCAGAGCUAACAAGAUCUACCGUAACAAUGGCUGGUUCUCUUGGUAUAAGAGAUGAGAUUUCUAUCUCUGGAUCGACUUGUCACUAACGGGGUCUUAAAAGCGAAGCAAUGGAGACUGAACAUUCCUGCCCCCAGUAUGAGCUUAAACGACAUGGGAGAGUAGAUGGUGCGGUGACAGAAUAGUUGACUUUUUUCUGUCAAACUGGGAAACUACAGUUAUUUUAAAGUGAGCUCUACCAAAACCCUCCCACUUCUCCAUCUUAGCCAUGUUUGUUGUUGUAAAUGUUCCCUUUCGAUCCCUUUUUUCCCCCUGGAUCUUAAAAGACUUCAUUAUAGAAAAAAAAAAGUAGAACAGAAACAUAUUUUCAGGUAAAUAUUUAUCCAAGAAAUAUUUAAUUUUUUUUAACCCCUACAACAAAGAUGAGCUGUCAAUUUGGUCUUGCUGCAACAAAGUGAGUUUUUUUUUUUUGCUCUUUUUUUAAUAGAAAAAAACAAACUACAGCGGGCAGAAGCUUUGUUUUAGUUUCUUAGGGACUUCAUAGUCGUCUUACUCUGUGAACCCCACUGAAACAGUGCCUCUACACUCGGAUCCACAUCUUUCAGCUACUUCACAUUCGACAGGUUUCAUUCAAGUGUUGUUUGUUUGACAAUGGCGAACAUGUGUGUUGUGUUAACAUGGAUCUACAUUUUAUACUACAGGUGUUCAGAGUGAUUGAACUAAAACUUGGACCUCAGUUAAAGGAUCUCAUAAACGCACUCAGUGGAAGAUUGCUUUAUCAGUUGCUACACCCCUUUGCACCAAUCUGGCUUCUCAAAUAUAUAUAUAUAUAUAUAUUUUUUAAAAAGACGACAAACCAAAACAAAUUCAGCUGUUUUUCCAGCUCUUGGUAUGAAAUUUGGCCAAUCCAAUCUGGUUUAAAAACGGCACUAAAUUCUUUGUAAUGAUGAUCCAGUGACGUCUCUUCACUCGUCUGCCUGAUUGUUCAGUCAGCGCUUCCUAGUCGUUUGUUCAUUGAUCUCUAAUGUCAAAGACUAAUGCAUUCCUCGUGUGAGACGUUUCCACCAUAGUCUCACACCCUGGCAGGAGUGCAUACUGAUGGGAUGUAGGGGAGCUUUGAGCUCUCAGUUGGGACAAAGGAAAAGCCAUCAUAUCUCCAAUUUUUCCUCUGCAGAGGUGGUGACCGUGGUGGCUACAAAAAUUACGGUGGUAAGUGACGAGCAUCAGAACUGUGUCGGUGGGGGAGGAAAGAAGUUGAGUUAGCAGAAAAGAAAAGAUGGGUUAAAAAGAGAGGAAAAAAAAAAAAGUCAGUGAAUGCCACCAUUUUCAUGUCCAGAUCCCAAGGGGACUCCACCUAUUAUUCUUAGUAGGAUUUCUGGUAAAUGACUUGAGAUUUGGUAAAGAACAUGGAGCCUGAGAUGUUAAAUAAUGGUACUGUUGCAUGAAGACGAGGGAUGAUUGUAAAUAACAAAGGUGCUCCCAGGACGAAGAAGGAAAAACUCUUAAAACUGGAGACAUUUUGGUGGUUUUCAUUUCUGGUGUAAGUUCAAGAAAACAAAGCAGAACAGUUCUGUUCUUGUUGCAAGGUGUUGGUAUGUGCUGCAGCGGUAUGAAAACACCCACCAGAGAGCUGUAAACAUGGACAUUGUUAAAAUUUCUUGAUCAUUAUGCAUUGAUAGUAAUGGAGUAAAGGAAUAAUAUGUGUGCAUCAGCGUGGUCAGUUGAUUCCUUGCUCAAGUGUUGUCUUCCAUCCUCUCCUCUGUUUUACAGGAUCUCGAGACUACGGCUCAAGGGAUGAACCAGGUAAGACCAUCCUCAAUUAUUGCAUUUAGCCUCCUUGACAUGCCCUUAUAGAGAUAAAGUGUGUCUGACGUCAUCUUUGCUUUGUUCUCCACAGCUGGUGAGCAGGACAACUCCGACAACAACACCAUUUUUGUCCAAGGACUUGGAGAAGAAGCAACAGUCCAGGAAGUUGGUGACUUCUUCAAGCAGAUUGGUAUUAUUAAGGUAAUGAGUUGAUCUUUACACACACCAACUUCCUUCUGGUCAUUCGAAUGACAUCCUAUGUGUGUAAACCGUAGACUGUACAUAUAAUGGACAGCGUCUGCCUCCUCGAUGGGUGAAGGCACUCCGAGAACAGCACACUCAGGCGACGGGCUGCAGUAUAGGUCAUAAAUCGCGCCUCCUACAGCAAAGCUUAUGGAGCUGUGGACAAACUUUAGACAUUUAUUAAACGGAACAUCAUUUUUUUUCCCCUGUUUGCGAUGUUGACAUGUAGUUAUUGUAAGACUGCUCAAGUCCUCUUUUUCUGUACAGCUCCGUUUUUAAAACUUAGUAGGGGGUUCAUGUUUUUCUAUGAUUGACACUUGAUACAGCCUAUGGGCAUAAAAAGAUAGCUAAGCUCACCCGGGGGAUAUGCUGUUUGAGCCGAGCGUCAUUUUUGCGACUCUCCCGCCGAGUGCGUACAACACUACUGUGCAAGUGGUGGUUUCAGGAAAUGGAGAAAAAAUGCAGAAUUACAGAGAGCUUUUCAGCCUCUGGCGGAAGGCGGAACCAAGUUGUCCAUAGUAUAUACAGUCUAUGGUGUAAACAAUGAAUACACUCUUUAAGUGUCUUAGGUUCAUGGUCAUGCUUUCACACAACCAUUGAAAAUCAUGUAUUUUGUGCUUCCAGGUGAACAAGAAAACCGGCCAGCCAAUGAUCAACAUUUACUCUGACAAGGUCACAGGUCGUCCAAAGGGAGAAGCCACAGUAUCAUUUGAUGACCCUCCCUCAGCAAAAGCUGCGAUUGAUUGGUUUGACGGUAAGAACUCGGAAAUCUCUUCAAAGUUUCUCCUCAUAUGCACUCUACCAUUAAUCACUCUUGUUAUACUUACUGUACAUAGCCUUUUAUACUUUUAUACCUUAUAUAUGUCCUGUAUGCUCUUAUUAUUUUCUAUUCUAGUAUUUUAUAUAUUAUUCUCUGCUUUAAUGUUGCACCAUCAAGCCGUAAAAAAUUCCUAGUCAGUGAAUCCUGUUCAUUGACAAUGGCAAAAAAAAAACCUUCUGGUUCCGAUUCUGAUUGUAACGGAGAUGCUGUUUGAAUUUCAGGUAAAGAAUUCCACGGCAAACCAAUCAAAGUCUCGUUCGCCACCCGCAGAGCAGAAUUUACACAGAGAGGUGGUGGUGGAAGAGGAGGGCGAGGAGGUGGGUAUCAUGUGAUGUCUUGAACUAAAGUAGCAGCUGUCAUAAAUGUCGGGUUUUGAAGUUGAACCAAGUAAAUGUUCCUGUUCUGAUAUAUUCCCUCAUUCUUGACUGUCAGGUUUCAGAGGUCGUGGUGGUGGAGGACCUAACUUUGACAUUAAAGGAGGAGACUGGCCUUGUCCCAAUAGGUUUGUGUUGAUCAUUCAAUAAGAGAUGAACAAAUGACAAAUGGCUUACUGCCUUUGAUUGGAGCUGGUUUUAAAUUAUUAACAUUUGUUUUUCCGUCCUCAGCUCUUGUGGUAACAUGAAUUUUGCUCGGCGGCAAGAGUGCAACAAAUGUGGGGCACCCAAGCCAGGAGAUGCAGGAUUUGGAGGUGGUAAGUCGCUUUUAGUGUUACAAUGAUACUGGAAGAAGUUAAAGUGUUUCAAUACAGUCGUAUAAAUUACUGAUAAAAUACUGGAUCUCACGUAAAGAAGUAAAACAAUUUUACAAACACGACAUAUGUUUACACGAACAAUUUUCAGAUCGUGGAGGCAGGGGCGGUUACGGCGGUGACAGAGGUGGUGGUGGCGGUGGUUUCAGAGGACGUGGAGGUUUCCGUGGAGGAGAUCGUGGCGGUUACGGUGGCGGAGAUCGUGGAGGAUAUGGAGGGGGCUUCAAAAUGGGAGGACGGUCAGUGAAGCCUUUUGGUUGUUGCCUUUCAUACUUGAGCUGUUUGGUUUUAUGCUGUUGAAAUGUGAAAUUACCAGAAGAGGGUGCUGCUUCGAUAAAAUCAGAUAUUUAAAGCCCUAUUUGCAGAGAAGCCAUAUUGUAAUCAUCGGGGCUCUUUAUUAUUAUUUAAUAAUAGUAGUAAUAAUAAUAAUAAUAAUAAUAAUAAUAAUAAUAAUAAUAAUAAUAAUAAUAAUAAUAAUAGUAGUAAUAAUAAUAUUAUUAUUAUUCUUUUAUUCUUUUUUUUUUUUUUGCGUCUUAAAAUGCAAAUUUGACCCCCUGAACGGCCUCGAAAACUCAAAAAUUUGUAGGUAGGUUGGGCCCGGCUAAAAUCGCAAUGUUUUAAAGUAACCCAAAAAGUUGAGAAAAAUGGCUCGCUAGCGCCCCCUACAGAGUGCCACAAACGUCAACUUUGUCCCAUCUGCCCAAAAUUUUACAGGUGUGUGUAUCUUAAUGAGAUCUUUGAUUUUGCACACUUAGACUUUUUUCUCAGAUGCACGGUUAAAGAGUUAUUUUGCUGUGUUUCCUUUUUGGCCAUUUGCGUAUCUCACGCCAAACACAUCUUCGUUUUGUUUUGUACUCAUAUUUUUAUCAAUCUUCAGAAUUUUCAUAGAAUUUGAAAAACUUACCAUGGUUUACAGGAAGUUAAUUUCUUUUUUACUGUACGAGGAGAAUUUGUUGUUUUACACUGUUAAAGCUAAAUCUAUUUUUUUUUUGUUAAAUAAUUGUUGGUCCAAAUACUCCUCAAAUGACUAUCUUUAAAAAGCAUUUGUAACCCUCUCUCCUGUUAUCCUUGGGAGGGUCUUUGAUAUUUGUAGGUCUGUUUAUUGCAAUGCUCGAGGGGGUUUGCUGUGAUAAAAGCAGAGUCCCUUUUAUUGAGGGGACAUUUUUUGAUUUACAGAUCAAAAGAGGGUGGAAGGAGAAGUGAAUAAAAAGCGGACUGUAUAUUCUAUCCUCGUCUUUGUCGUUCAGAUGAUGAAGGUUAAUUUGAAGGCAAACUGAAUGCUGUCCUGGUAACUGAUGUGUUUGUCCUUCCUCUGCAGAGGUGACCGUCGAGACGACAGGAGAGACCGGCCAUACUAAGUGUUGAGCACAUCGAAAUCUCUACAGCCCUGCAGUUCACCACGGGGGGGAGGGGGGGUAAUGGUCUUUUGGGGAGGGGGCUCGGCCAGGCUUUCUGAUACGUCUACCUUUUUGUAGCCAAUCUGUUCCAACCAUCAACGCUCACCUGUGAGCUGGGGAGGGAUUUAUUUUGAGCUACUGUGAAAGGACUCUGGAGCUGAGUGGCACUGUUGGCAUGUGGUCAAAUGUUUGUUUGUUUUUUUUCUGCUUUUUGUUUUAUUUCUUUGUACAUCUUUUUAAUUUUCUCUCAGAUUCUAGCUGCGGAUGUUUUGUGAGUUAGACUUGUACCAUUGUUUUGUAUCAACAGAAUAAAAUGUUUUACUUGGGUUUCUUUUUCCCACAAUGAUAUUAAAAGCAGUGAUCUUUU